AUGUCUCACGCGUCAACGAACUCUGACUUGGACCACGACAUCAACGAGAAGGGCACCAGCAGAAGCAAAGCUGGCGAAGAUGGCGUUCAUCUCACGGAAGGCCAGGAGGAGCUUCGUGAGGCGCCGGAGCCCACGUUCAUCGCUACCGACGAUGCCGACGUGACGGCCGAUGGCGCCCUCGGCGCUGUUCUGGAGAAGGUCGCCUCCUCCAAACCUUCAGUCAACAACAUCAAGAGUGUCCCUAAUGGCGGCCUGACAGCAUGGCUGCAAGUCGUGGGCAGCUUCUUCCUGUUCAUGAACACAUGGGGCGUUGUCAACACCUUUGGCACAUACCAAACCUACUACGAAGCCGGCAUCCUUGCGUCUUCGAGUCCUUCGGAUAUCUCAUGGAUCGGGUCACUGCAGGCCACACUCCUUAUGGUCGUGGGCUCCCUAACAGGACCGGUCUAUGACGCUGGCUACGUUCGCUCCUUGGUCAGUGUUGGGACGUUUCUGGUCGUGUUUGGGCAGAUGAUGCUCUCCCUUUCAACAACAUACUACCAAGUCUUCCUGUCGCAGGCUGUGUGCAUCGGCAUCGGGACUGGGUGCUUGUUCAUCCCCUGUGUUGCGAUCUUGUCGACGUACUUCAGCACACGCAUCGCCACCGCAGUCGGUCUGGCUGCGGCGGGAAGUAGCAUUGGCGGCGUCAUAUAUCCUGUGGUCUUCUACCGACUUCAGCCCACCAUCGGAUUCCCUUGGGCGACGCGGGUCAUUGGCUUCCUCAUGCUGGCAACUUUGGCUGUGUCCAAUGCAGUGCUCAAGGUUCGGGUCCUGCCAGCUGGAAGGAGGAAGUUCUUUGAUCUUUCUGCUUGGAAAGAAGGUCCAUUCACAUUCUUUGUGCUGGCUACGUUUAUCGGCUUUCUCGGACUGUACACACCCUUCUUCUACCUCCAGAGCUAUGCUAUCCAGACUGGAAUAGCAGACCCGGACUUGGCUUUUUACCUUCUUGCGAUUCUUAAUGCGGCCAGCACGUUCGGACGAGUGAUCCCAAAUCUCAUUGCUGAUCGGAUUGGGCCCUUCAAUGUUAUUAUACCAUGCACCUUGGCUACUGGCAUAUUGUGCAUAUGCUUGGCACCAACACGCUCCGUCGCGCCUGUCAUAGUCAUCGCGGUCCUGUAUGGGUUCUUCUCCGGCACCUUCGUGAGCUUGCCAGCAACAAUAUACGUACACAUAACGGAGAAUCGUGGCUUGAUAGGGACGAGGAUGGGUAUGGGUUUCUCAUGCACGGCUAUUGGUAUUCUCGUUGGCACACCAAUCAGCGGAGCCAUUCUUGAUGCCAGCAGUUACACGUAUGUUUGGAUUUGGGGAGGCAUCAUGACCAUUGUUGCCGCCGGGAUUCUGGUGAUAGCGAGAGUGUGUAAAGGCGGUUGGAAGAUUAUGAAAGUUGUGUAG